AUGGCGGAGGCUGCAGUGAAAGUCCUCAAGUCGGUGAGGGAUGCCCUCUACCGUGUUGGCAUUAAGGAGCCAUGGAAGAUGACUGGCAUCCGUAGCAUUCCCGAGUAUGAGGACUACAUGCCGAUGGGCCUCGAAUUCCGGAAAUUUGCUCCGGGGACGCAGCCAGUGAAGGCCGUUAUCCCGCAUGACUCUCCUAAGCUGGUGUAUGACAUCAAGUACUUCACCCGGGAUUACCGCCGCAACAACAAGUACACGGCCCGGACGGUGGAUUCCAAGACGACCUUCGACUUUGAGAAGCUCUACGCCGGCAUGCCGGUGAAGCCCGAGGAGGUGAAGCUGGUGUCGCGCCCCGACGUGAUGCCCCACCGCGGCUUCUAAAUGCGCGGGUCGUUAGCGCAUGGAGACCUGCUGAGGAUGGCGGGUCUGGUCUUCUCCUUCGCGUAUGACGGGUCUCAGCAGCACGGGUGCGGCACGGAGGCGGCUAGCGUGCUGUCUGCCUUGGAGCAGCUGGGGGCCACGCAGCGGGUCGCUCGAGGGGGAGGUGCUGCGCAGUGCAUGGCGCACUAGGGCGAGGAGGAGAGCCCCCCUGGGGUGGUCCCGGGUUAAGCGGGAGCUGCCAUGCUGUAGUAGUGCGGCCCCAGCGCGCGGCGGGGGGUGUUAAUCAGGGGCAGGAGGGUUUUGGCGCGUCGGCUUGUGCGGUGCCUGGCUUAUGUUAUGCUAUACUAUGGAAGGUUUGCAGUUUAGGGGAAUGCGGGCUUUAGAGCCAGUUGGCCGGUCCGUUUGGUGUUAUUGCGGCCGUGGGCUGUUCUGCGGCGCGGUAACGUCCUAUGGCUUUGACAGGAC